AUUCAAGACGCGAAUGGUUAUGAAAUGGGUUUAGAUUUCUCCAUUUUACUAAGAAACGUGACCAUAAUUUAUUGACCACUCGUCACGCGCAUGUGUCACAGAAGGCCGUCGCUCGCUGUGGACGACGUCGACUGCGAGCCAAUCCCCCUUUGUUACCACACAGCUCAUCGUUGCUGUCGGCGACGCAGAUGCAAUUAUGCGGAGUCUUCCUUUCCCAGCAGCUGCCACGUUUGACCACGAAGUACCAAGUGAACAUGGAACGCCAUUCAGCCCAGCUAGCGAUAUUCCUAUCGAUCCUGCACUCGCCGGGUCACCACCCAUCGACCCAGCCAUCAUGGGAAAUGAAGCCGUUCAGUUAAAUGUUUUGGAGCAGGGCCCACCCGUGCACAUUCCGGAGGACUUAAUUCUACCUCACCCUCGACACUACUCUCAGGAGCCUUCGCAAUAUGACCAAGGUCCCCGUGGCGAUCCAUUUGCGCCCCAACCUGCACCUUAUCUACAUAUUCAAGAAGAAGUCGUUCCGCCACCACCCAAACCGCUAAAGAGAAAGCGAAAACCCCGGCGAGAACCCGAGUGCGGGUUUUGUCAGGGGGAUGACAAGAAGAACAAGGAUACUGAACCAGAGGUCAUGGUCACUUGCGAAGAAUGCGGUCGCAGUGGUCAUCCGAGCUGCUUACAACUUGGUGCCAUCGCAGACACCAUUCGCUCAUAUCCUUGGAAGUGCACCGAAUGUAAAACUUGCGAAAUUUGUCAAGAAAAAGGCGAUGAUGAGAGAAUUCUACUAUGCGAUUUUUGUGAUCGAGGGUGGCAUAUGGAUUGUAUGCGACCUCCCUUGGAAGAAACGCCGCCCGGAACAUGGCACUGUCCAAUGUGUCCACCAUCCCUCUUUCUCCUGGAAUCCGAAGUAGCAUCCACCACAAAUACCGAUCUACAAGAUAGAGACGAGACAACUGCCGAGCCUGAAGUCGAAGUUGAAGUCGACGAUGUUGAUGACGAUUCGUCUGAAGACUCUUCAGACUCUGAAUCUGAAUCCGACGACACCAACACUGUACAAGCACCAACACCCCGCCAGCGACCUAGUCAGCGCAUAAAGAAGCCCCCAAAGCGCAGAAUUGAACAGCUGACCCCACGGCCCCUCAAACGCAUCCGCCUGCGCUCGCCCGCAGCACAUCCACUGGUCGUGCGCCUUCGAAUACCUCCGAAGGGUAAGGGCAAAGAGCGAGAAGAGGACCCCGACAGAAAUAUCUUCGAGGACCUCCUCAAUCCUGCUGAUAGGGACAUGUCAAAGACAGGGAUCGCAGACUCUGACAGAGUACGAUUCGAUAAAAGUUGUCUGGUCGCUGAGGAAAAACUUGCACCUCCACCUCAAUCAGGACCAUCAGCUGACACACCUGAUCCUCCAAUAGCGGGCCCUUCGUCUCGUCCCCUACGAUCUCAUACUCUCCAACAAAUAACCAUUCCUUCCUCGAUACCGGCGCGCUCGCCAGUGCCUUCCACACCUGGCGCGGUUCCGCACACACCUUCCACUAUCCCUGCUACUCCAUCGGGUUUCCCCGCGCCUUCCUCUACGUUACGCAUUCGGACCAUUCGCUUUGGGAAAUAUGACAUUCACCCGUGGUAUGACGCCCCCUUUCCUGAAGAGUUCUCGAAUAUCCCGGAUGGACGACUGUGGUUCUGCGAAUUUUGCCUCAAAUAUAUGAGAAGUGGCUUUGCUUUUGGCCGACAUAGCAUGAAAUGCAAAACGCGACAUCCACCAGGCGACGAGAUUUAUCGCGAUGGUGCAAUGUCCAUUUUCGAAGUGGACGGACGCAAGAACAAGAUAUACUGCCAAAAUCUUUGCCUGCUGUCGAAGAUGUUCCUAGAUCACAAAUCACUCUUCUAUGACGUCGAACCAUUCUUGUUCUACGUUAUUACGGAAACUGAUGAUAUGGGUGCGCGUUUCGUGGGGUACUUCAGCAAAGAGAAAUGUUCUCCGAAGGACUACAACGUCAGUUGUAUCAUGGCACUUCCUGUGAGGCAGAGACAAGGAUGGGGGAAUUUCUUGAUCGAUUUCAGUUACCUUCUCUCCAAGAAGGAACGGCGCGCGGGAUCACCCGAGAAGCCACUCUCAGGGCUUGGUCAACUGGGGUACAAGAACUAUUGGACCCUUGCACUCAUGCGAUACCUUCAUACAUCACCUGAUAAUCCGACCCUUGAAGCUAUUAGCAAGGGCACAUCUAUGACCAUCGAAGAUAUUUUCAAUACCCUUCAAGACCAGGGAAUGAUCUCUGUGCAAUCUGCUACGCCUCCUAUGAGACCUACACCAGGGCAAGCAAUCAAGUUCCCGCGAGGGCGCAAGAACGGCAUUGCGCGGCGUCACCUUCAGCGGCAGAGCACGCUAAACAACAAGGAGGAGGAGGCCGGAAGUAAGGCUAACACGCCCUUUGUCCCCCCUACGCGGUACCAGAUCACCUGGGAUCCCGAGAAGGUGGAGCACUACCUGGAAGCAUGGGAGAAGAAGGGGUACAUGAAGCUGAAACCGGAACGGUUGAAAUGGACGCCGUUUGUCCUGGCACGGACAAAAGCUGGCGGGGAAGUUCUGCAAGCGGAACUGGGUGCUGGCAUGGGUGCCUUGAGCAGCGUUGCGGAAACACCAGUCCCUGUCACUGAUGAGGUUAAGGAUCAGACGCCGGCCCCUGGCCCUGGCCCUGCAGAGCCGUCCGUCAGUGCAUCAGAGGCAGCGCCAACAGAGACCCAUCACAUCUCAGACACACCCGCAGCGCGCCUAUUUGAUGACCUCAUAGCCAAUAACCCUGAAACUCCUGUACCCAAGAAACAGUUGCGGAGUCGCGUAAAAGGAGGCGAAGUGCCUCGAUCCGUCUUCUCGCGAACACAGUCGAGUCGUAAUUCGAUCACGCGCACUGCCCUCCAACGACAUACACGUUCUGCAUCGGCUCUCCCUGGCAUCGAUGGUGCGGUCAACGGUGCUGCCAUCCAAACUGAUGAGCUGGUAGAACAAUCGAGUCCCGAUAUUCCUGCCAAACGGCGACGAGGACGGGCACGGAUCAAGCCCCCGGAUGAUACGUCGUCAGCAGUGUCCGAGUCUGGGAGGAUGACUGCUUCACCGUCACCUUCAAGACCCCUGACUCGAGUCAAACGCAGGAGGAUAGAGUCUCCUGAAUCAGAAUCCCCUUCAGAGCGUUUGGAAGACCAUGCUGAGCCGCCAGAUGGACCGCCUGAUGGCUCUACUCACUCUAACGGUUACAUUGUUCCCGUCAGUGAAGUUCGUCAGGAGGAGGAUGUCUCUCAUCAUUUAUCCGGAUCACCUGGUUCUGUCAAUCAUGGCGCUCAAUCUCUUCGAGCGGAGACGACCUCGUCUAUGUCAGAACUAGAUACACGAUCCUCACUUGCUCAGUCGCAACCACCGGAUGACGAGAUUAAGUCGGAGGAGGCGGAUACGCCUCUCACUGGCAUAACUAGUCGACACAGUGUGCCGAGUGACGACACCUUGUUCGUAGUGGAGACUGCAAACGGGGUAGGGAGUAAGGACUCUGGAGGCUCUGAUAUCAUCAGGGCUGCGCACUCACCCACUUCCCACACUACCGGGAGGGAAAGUGCUGGUCAAGAAUCUGUGCCCAGUGCCCGCCUUUUCUCAAGCCGAGCCACAGCACACACGCGAGCGGUUCACGCCGGUUCAUUGUGGUUCACAGCCUGGCCUAUGGAAACUCACAACGACCCAAGCAUGGCCUUUGGACAUCUUCAACGAGACCCAAACCUGCAGACUAAUGUCAGCAAUGUCUCGAGUCUGAAUCAAGCACUAGGAUCGCAUCUUAACCCUGCCAUCACUGGGCGUCCCCAAUUUCAUGAUGGCGGAGCAUAUAGGCUUUCUGAUUCGCCGCCAACAAUUUUGGAUCCAAAUUGCGCUCCACGAUCUGCCCAACCGAUAGCUGGUCCUUCUAAUCCUUCACCCAUCCAUGAGUUCUCAGUACUUCCGACCAACGAAACUCAAGCUGCCGGUGGGCCCAAGCGUAAGCAGACCGACGCUAUGGCGACCGGUGGUUCACAGCCUGGCAAAAGACGGAGAGAGGGUGACGACAUGGGUGACCCCUUUGACAUCGACUCUGCGCACGGUUCCAAACACUGGACUGACGAUGAGAAGACGAAAUUAUUUAAUUGGCUUAUGGGUCCGGGGGAAGACGACCACUGGAACGCGCUUCGAGCUACAAAGAACUCGUGUCUUCGCGAGUGUGCUAUCGAUGUAUUUGGCGCCAAGAAGACUUAUCAAGCGCUGAAAGGCUGCUACGAACGAAAUUUCAAUUUAUUUAAACAGAUCUAUGCAUUCGAAAGUUUCCACGCGCAAUUGGGGAAUGGUCUUGUCACCUUUACGACUGAAGGAGACAGGUUGCGAGAAUAUGAACGGCGAUUACAGAUUGCUCGCAAAGGCGGCUGCGACAUCGGCAAUGUGGGCGCCAAGACGAUUGACCAUUGGCAUAGAUCAGGUUGGUAUAGUUUGUUCUUCAGAAGAUGGAACGGCGAUCCCGCUACUACACGGCCCGCAACCCGCCAAAAUAACAACGCAGGGGCAACCAAUUCCCAUGGCGGAGAAGAUGACGACGAUGAUCCGUUGGAAGUACCAGAACCGACUCCAAUUAUUCAACCCCAAAUUCAACCUCAGAGCACGCCAUCUCAUUCUCACCCUCAAAUUCAGCAACCGCAAGAAGCAGGACCAUCAAAUACGCCAAGUCGAGCCGUCUUCCCAAACGUACCGUCGCCAAGCAGUGACGCGUCCGUUGUGAAUUUUGCUUUACCACAGAACAUGAUGGCUGCAUGCUUGCAGCUUUUGCAAGCCCAGGUUCAGCACAGCAAACUCAAGCUAGAAUAUCUGAGGAGACGGGAGGAAAGGGAAGAGAGAGACAGUACUGCUCGCAGAGAUUCCGAGCGUGCUCGGCUGGAAAGAGAAGCUGCCGAGUGGGAGCACACCAAGGAGACAGCUAAUGUCAAGCACAGAGCCCAACUCGCAACAGAUGUAUUGGCUAAUCCGGUGGUAGAUGGCUCUGUGCGUCAGGCUGCGUCCGAAUAUCUUAAGAGACUAUUUGCUUCGGACUGA